GCGUGCACCGCGCCGCGCGGGGCAGGCCGGGAGUGCCCGCAGGCAGGCCGGGGCGGCGGUGAGGGCAGUGCAGUCGGCGCGGCACCGGAGCGGAGCAGCGGGAUGUGGUACGAGAUCCUGCCUGGCAUGGCCAUCAUGGGCAUCUGCCUCUCCAUCCCCGGCCUCUCCACCGUCUUCAUGCACCGCUUGUGCAACGGCGGCAAGGAGAAGCGGAUCGCCCGCUACCCCUACCAGUGGACCCUGAUGGAACGAGACCGGCGGCUGUCGGGUGUCAACAAGUACUACGUCUCCAAGGGUCUGGAGAACAUAGACUAAGGUGGCGGCACUUUGAAGAAUCCAGUAUCUAUAUAAAAUGAUUUAACUCUUUAAUAAAGAUAUACAUGUAUUCA